AUGAAAUUCUCUGAAUUUACUAAAAAUGAUACAAAUGUAUUCAUUGAUGAAUGCGAAGAAAUAUCAUGUUUACCAGAAAAUUAUCAUUCAUCUAUUCCACGUCAUAAUUCAAGACAAGAACAUGAACUAUGUUCAUUAGAUAAUAAAUCAUUAUCACCUUCCGAGUAUAUUUAUGCUGAAAUUGUUAAAGCUAUGGGAAAUAAUGAAUUUAUUGAAGACAAACGUUUACUCAAACGAGCUAGUUGGGGUCCCAAUGAACAACAACAAACAUAUGGUUUGCCACCAACUGGCAAACAAAAUUAUGCUGAUCAUUUAAAAAUAAAUAAAAGUUCGAACCGAGUACGCAUGCGAUCGAAACCAACAAGGAAUUAUCAAUUAGAACAACCGAAUCGAAUGUCUCUUCAAGGACCUGUUUCAUAUAGUGAAAAAUAUGAUCAAUUUGUAGUUAAUAAAGUUUCAAAUCAAGUCGCGAAUCGUAAUGGAAGCCUGUCAAAUGAACGUCGUGAUCUAUCACCAAGCCCAUCACUAUCUUCAAUCGAUUCAAUGUGGCAAAAUCGAACACGUUCUUCGCCUUCAUUUGAUAAUAAUGAUCUUAUAAGUGACACAUCUACCGCAUCAUCAUUGAAUACGAUUACAUCGUUAACUUCAAUUCUAUCUGCACGCCAAAAAAGUCCUAUUCGUGAAUAUAUUUGUUCGCCGAGAACACGUUCAUCGCUACAUGAAUAUCAACAAAAAGAUUUAAAUCAUAUCGAUUGCAAAAUUUUGUCACCAGUACUAAAUACAAAGACCAUUGCUGCUUCGUCGACUCCAAUUUCCUCUUUGCCAUCGUCAUCCUUCCCUUCUCCAUCAUCAUCAUCUACCGAUUUCACAUGGCCUAAAGGUCAUGGUGAACCAUCGUCAUCACCAUCUCCCGUAGAAUCAACUUUAAAUCAAUGCACAGACUUUACUUUGCAAACACCAACAACUGAUGCAUCUCUAGAUGACAGUGGUCAUCCAACAACACCAACAACAGCAACGAAAGCGCAUAGUCUAAUGAAUAUGUCAAUGUCGUCUAAUCGUUAUAAUAAUCAAACAUAUUCGUCGAAUCCUAUCAUGACAUCAAUACCGCCAAUGACAAAUAGUAAUGAUGGAUUAAGGCAACAACAAGAACAAAUAAAGUCCAGAAUUGCUGGCGGUAGCUGUUUAAAAUCACAAAACAAACCAAAUAAUAAUAAUAACAAUAAAACAAAGAAGUCUGUUCAUUUCGAUUGGCAUUCGCCUAAAGAGAUUCGAUCAAUAUCACCAUCAACACAUUGUAAUUAUCGACCAUCGGUCACAGUUACGUCUUCAUCGUUGUCUAUCGGGAAUAUUGACGGUGAUAAUGACAUACAAACGAAGAAAAACUAUGGUGAGAAAGCAGUAGAACAAGAAAAAGAAAAAAUUGAAACAACGAGAAGGACAAUCAACACUACUUCUCCAUUGUCCACAAAUACAAUUCAUCGUUCUUUUUCUCUCUCGCCAUCACCAUUUUUGAAAGAAGAGAAUAACGAUAGUCGAAGACACAGACAAGAAAAUGUCGAGCAUCUAAAUUGCACUACUACUAGUAGUGGACGAGCAACAACUGCUGCUACUCACCUUCAUUACAACGCUAACGCCGCUACAGUCACUUUCAAUGACGGCAAUCAAAAAAUCUUGCCAACAAAAGAGCCAAAUGGCACGAACAGUUUUAAUACAAAUGGAAAUAAUUUAACCUAUUCAUCGCUUGAUAAACAGAUGCCUUUAAAUAGUUUACUCGUUAAAACAUCCACACUUAAUCCAUCAACAACAGCAACAAAAAAAACUUUUAUGGGCACUGGCGGAUUUUUUAGUUUUAUUAAUCGAUCAAAUAAUAGUAAUCAAAAUAAUUCAUCAUCGAAUAAUGAAAACAAACAAUUAAAACGUACAUCAUCUACUCAACAAAAAUCUAAACAACAUAAAGCAGAUCCCAAUAAACGUCUUAGUGCUGAUAUUGAUACUCUUCGGUCUUCAUCUUCAGUAUCGGCAAGUAACCUAUCGAAAGAAGAUAUCGAGAAGGUUACAAAGAAUUACCACGCAGAACGACAAUCGACGAUAGACAACAAUACUACUACUACUACCAAUAGUCGUACUUCUAGUAAUACCAAUUCAUCUAUCCCGCUGUGUACAAAUACUAAAAUGAAUAGAAGUUCAACAUCAAUGUCAAUGAAUCCUACGACGAUAACCGUAAAAUCUGACGAAGGAGAUUCAUUGAAUAAUGGUCUUCUAUUUCAACCAAGUCACUCAAUAGAAAGAGAACCAUUCUUUCUUUCUCCAUUAAAAUCAUUGCCGAAUAAUGAUGAGUCGCCGUCGUCAUCAUCAUCGAUUGGUAAGAUGAUGCAAACAUCGACACUUACCAUUUCUAACCCUCCACAAUAUCAUUAUUAUCUAUAUCCACCACCACUAUCGUCUUCAUCAUCGUCGUCGAUACCAAAAAAGAAUUUAACAACAAAUCGUUCCGUGUCAAAUGUUAGCAUGAAUAGUAUUAGUACCAAUUCAACAUCAUCAAAUACGUCUUAUGAAUCUCAAACACAUGAUUCUGAGGAUGAUAUAGUAUCAUAUUCAAUAAAUAAUCAAAGCAAAUUUCAUCAUAUUAAAUCAAUUUCAAAUACAAAGCCUGUUAUACUUUCUGAUUCAGUACAAGCAUUUUGGCCACCACCAUCUGCAUUGAAAAAUAGCCCUGAGCAAAUACUAAUCUCAUCCAUUGCUGCACACAGCAAACAUUCCAAUUCAAUCAAACACAAACAAUCGGAAUCGGUUCUAGCACAAAAUAAUGUUAUUAGUUCGACGACCUAUAACAAUGAUUCAUCAUCGAUAAGCAAUCGUAAUCAAACAGAUGCUUUACCACCUACAACAUCAUUAUUGUUGAAUAAUAAGCAAGAAGCUCGAAUUUAUUCGGAGAAAAAUUCAUUCGCUAAUGGAUGCUUACGAAUAGCAGCUGACACUUCUCUUGAAGAUACUCAAGCAUCCUAUAGUGAACGUUUGCGUGAAAAAUCUCGUUCAAUAAAAACAACAAAUCAACUAUUAGCAAUGGAUAUUAACAAUUCAUUAUCUCGAUCACGAUCAAAAGAUUUGCUCGAUAAUCAAUUCGAAAAUGCUAAUUCAUCGAAUAGAACUAUUUUACGACCAAAAUCAGUUAGUCAAGUACGUGUACAAGCACUACUUUCACCUAUUCGUCAAGAAACAGCGGAGGAUUUCCAAUCGAAACGACAAUUUUUUGAAAAUCGUACUUAUGCAGAUUAUACUCCAACAUCGACAAAUAAUAAAACUUAUACGAUAUUGCCUACAAAUCCAACAGUGAACAACAAUAAUUAUCAAAAUUACGUAACAAAGUAA